AUGGCGAGGGCUUUUCUCUGGUUGCGGUCCGACACUUCGCUGCGUUACUUUCUACCUUAUCCUGACAGUUCCGAGGAAAACUUCUUUCGCUCUGCCAUCUCCUUGGCUCACUCUCUCCUCCAACAUUCUCUUUACGAGUCGAGGGAAAAUGUUAGGUUUGCCGGACAACUAAUAACUCGAGAAUUUUGUGUUUGAGCGUGGUGGACUGGGAAAAAGUGCGCCAAGACAGCUCCGAGUUGCCAGGCGAGUUCCUCGAGGCUGUUUUCCAAAACUCUAUCGUUUUCCCGGUCGAAUAGAGGUCAUAGGGCUCUUCAAUAGAUAUUUUUGCAGGAAACUUUUGCAAAUGUAUCUUCAUUGAUUUUGAGUCUGUUCUUCGGCGGAAUCACAAAAAGUCCACUCUGUAUGUUGAAAGAGAGGUAAAGUCUUUCAAUUUUAAAAGCUGAGAAAAGUUUUUGAGGUUGCUUGUGGACACUAGUCUGGACAACAGGCAAUUGAUGAAAGUUAGGCAAAACUUACGUGAGUUUUGAUUUCCUCUUUUCAAGUUAAAGUUGGCUAUUCCGAGGGUCUCUUCCGUUUCACCUUGAUCGGUUUUUUUCCCAUUUUUUUUUCUCAAAUGAAACCCCAAGAAGCAAUUGUUCAACCCGACAACAGAAAAUUUUUUUUGUUUUUUUCCGAACUAGCAAGAACUUUACAGAUGGGAACAAAAGUUAACAACUUGUGCAAUAUCUGAAAGUUAUUUAUCUUUAACUUCGGCAUCUAUAGAAUUUAUUAGUAUUGUAUGAUUAAUGUAGGAAAUCGUCUAGCUCGUUGAGAAGAACAGUAAUCGCAUUACAGCACAAGAAAAUCGCAAAUUAAUUUUUGAAAAACUACUUCAAUAUUUGCUCAAAAUUUCUAGCGGAACUGGCAUGUCUUCUCUACCGUCUGAAGCACGGACCGAGCAUUUCGGAGACUCUUGAAGAAACUUUCGAUCUUUCCCAAGCCCACCAGGUGAAUUCAUCUUUUUUUUGGCAAGUCUCUUUUUCUAGAAAUUGAGCCUUUUUGACCUGGUCUUCGAGGGAACGACCAACUUUGAAAAUGCAGACGGAGAGAUCCGGAAAGACGUCGUCAAGCCUUUUUCAGAAGUUGUGUGCUCCGUAUGGGCUCACAACCACAUAAAAGUUCGCUUUUCGAUUGGUUCUUGGAAAAGUCAGUGUUCAGACGCGUAUCGCUGAUGUUUGUGAGAUGAUAGGACGUCUUCUCGUUCCCGAUCCAUUUCAUAUCGCCGACAUUCCUUUUGAAAAGGUUCACUUUCUUUUUUUUCUGUUUUGAAUUCUCUUUCAGAACCCUGAUUUUCGGCAAAAAGUGAAGCGAACGACUUUGGCGCCUUCGAAUCGACGCGUUGUCCUCGUCCAUCGUUUCAAUCGUUUUGAGGUUUGUUCGCAUUCUUUUCCUCGAUUAAAUUGUCUCACAGAUUCUCCGAAAUCCCGAGUUUUCGAAUUCUCACAUUCGAAUAUGCCACGACGCGCCGAGCGCUUCUUUUGUUGUCCUACCAGCUAGGUUAUUUUUUUUGUUUGGAGAAAAAAGGAAUAUUGUUUGUAGAAGUUUUAGAAAGUUCUCACAGAAGCAAAAAAAAAGCAUUUCGGGCUGAGUGUAAUGUUUUCUUUUGGGUCAAAGACAAAUUAGCUCAGAAGAAAAAACCUAAAACUCUCAGCUCAAAAGCCUCAGUUUGAGAAGUCUGAAAAUGAAUAGAGAUCGCGGAUUUUAAAAUCUCUAACUCGAAAAAAAAAAUAUCUGAAUUUUGUCAAAUGCUAUUUCUUUUCCUUGUCGAGGUUUUUUUUUUGAUUGAAAACACUUUUACUGCGUUGUACAGGGAAAUCAUUUUAAUAGAUUUGAAGGCUCGUUGAGCUAAGAAAGUUGCAUUUAAAGUUUUUGAAUCUUGCGCUGAUUUUUUGGGACAGUGUCUUUUUGAACUGAUAGUUAUGGGACUGGGAAAUGAGCCGCAGUGAAGAUAACACAUUUUCACCGCACCUACGGAAUUUUCCAUUUUGUAUUUGAAGAACGGAGACGGUGAUGUUGAAUGGACUGCGGCACUCGGAAAGCGUGAUUCUGGGCGCGGUCCGCGACGUCGUCGUCGUCCACGACUGCCACGGUCUGCGGCUCACCGUCAGCUGUUCCCGACUGCACAUCUCGCGCUCCUCCGACCUCACUGUUUUUCUGCUCUCCCCUAAUCGCCCACUCCUUCACGGCUCGACAGUUGCCUUCGCCCCAUUCAAUACUGCCUACAAGGUUCUUUAACUAUUGGACUUGGCUAACUAAAUAAAUUCAGGGUGUCUUCCAUCAGAUUCGAGAAAAUAAUAUUUUGCCGAGCGAAAACCGAACACAGAAAACUCCACUGAAUGUAUGUCUUAUUUCUUAAUUUUUGAAAAUUAUGCUUGGUUAGAAAAAGUUCGAAAUUGUCAGGCUCCGAGAUAUAGCUGAGAAUUGAUUAGAACAAACCUUCAUCUAGACCAAAGAAUUUUUCGUCUGCUUUUUUAGAUUUCGAAAUUUUGAAAAUAUCUGCCGCUCAUGCCGGAUCAUAUUUUUGGGUAAUUCCCGCAAUAAGGGAAAUGACCGGAAAAUAUUGACUCUAAAACAAAAUUUAGAGUAAGUAACUAAACCUUCGGACCAAACUAACAUCAAAACGCGUUUCCAGCGGAACUUGAAUCCUGAAAUUCUGUGUUUUUCCAAUCUCGUUUGGAUCAUAUUCUUAAUUUCCCAGCUGGGAGAGUCGACGUGGACGUGGCUUCCGCCGACGCAAUUCUUUUGCUGCGCAACGCCGUUGGAAGUCUACGACGAAGACGUCGAAGAGAUGCUCCGUUCGCUCCCCGACGACUACCGCACGGCGUGGGGUCGUUCGCUACAACGAGCGCGACGUGCCAUCGGAGAAGAAUCCGUGCGGCUCCGUGACGUCAUCGCUUGCAUUGACGCUCUUUAUCUCAAGUCCAAGAUCGAGAAAUGUGCUAAGAACUGCGACGAGCUCUGA